AUGACCCCAGAACCCAUUGCCGUAAUCGGCAGCGCCUGCCGCUUCCCAGGCGACCUGACUACCCCCUCCAAGCUAUGGGACUUUCUCGCCAAACCCCACGAUCUCCAGUCCGAGGUCCCCAAAGACCGCUUCAACAUUGACGCCUUCCACCACCCCGACGGCAGCCACCACGGGCGCACCAACGCGCGGCACGGCUACUUCCUCUCAGAUAUCAAGACCUUUGACGCGCAGUUCUUCAACAUCCAGGCCGGCGAGGCCGAGAGCAUGGACCCGCAGCAGCGCCAGCUGCUCGAGGCCACAUAUGAGGCGCUGUGUGCCUCCGGGCAAACGCUCGCGGGGCUGAAGGGGUCUGAUACGGCGGUCUACGUGGGCAUCAUGACGCACGACUUCGAGCUGACCAAGGUUGGGGAUCUGGAUGCGAUCCCGACGUAUCUGGCGACGGGGGCGGCCACGAGCAUCGCGAGUAACCGGUUGAGUUACUUUUUUGACUGGCAUGGGCCGAGUAUGACGAUCGAUACGGCGUGUAGCUCGUCGCUUGUUGCGGUCCAUCAUGCCGUCCAGCAGCUGCGCAGCGGCACAAGCAAAGUUGCCGUUGCGGCGGGUGCGAAUCUGAUGCUGUCACCAUGUAAGUCCCCCCCCCCCCACAGAUAUACAUAUCUUGUAUUUUCGACGUCCACCGCGACCAGCACAGCUAACGGGGGGGUUUAUGCAGUAAACUUCAUUACAGAAAGCAAGCUGUCCAUGCUCUCACCGACAGGGCGGUCACGCAUGUGGGAUGCUGGGGCGGACGGGUAUGCAAGAGGAGAGGGCAUAGCAUGCGUCGUCCUCAAAACCCUCUCCCAGGCUCUCGCCGACGGCGACACCAUCGAUUGUCUGAUCCGCGAGACGGGCGUCGGCCAGGACGGCCGGACCACGGGCAUCACCAUGCCGAGCAGCAAGGCGCAGGCGGCGCUGAUCCGCGCAACGUAUGCCCGGGCUGGGCUGGAUCCCAGCAAGCCCGAUGGGCGGCCGCAGUUCUUCGAGGCGCAUGGAACCGGAACACCGGCAGGCGACCCUCAAGAGGCCGAGGCCAUAUCGACCGCCUUCUUCCCCAACACGACGGACGACACUGAUAAGCAAGACCUGUAUGUGGGCUCCAUUAAGACGGUGGUCGGCCACACAGAGGGCACGGCUGGCAUUGCAGGCCUGCUCAAGUGCAGCCUGGCUGUGCAGAAUGGUGUCGUGCCGCCGAACCUGCUGCUCGAGAAGCUCAACCCGCGCGUUGAACCGUUCUGUGAGCAUCUGCGUGUGCCCAAGGAGGCGACGCCGUGGCCGGCUGUUGCGGAGGGGCAGCCGAGGAGGGCGAGCGUGAACUCUUUCGGCUUCGGAGGCACAAACGCCCACGCCAUCAUCGAGGAGUACAUCCCCGCCACACCCCCCUCGACUCCCACCGACAGCACCACCACCUCGGUCAAUGUCCUGCCGCUGGUCUUCUCAGCCCGGACGAAACGCUCCCUCAAGGCCAACAUGGAGAGCAUCCUGUCCCACAUCAAGACGACCCCGGAUAUCAACCUGACAGACCUGGCAUGGACGCUCCUCCAGAAACGCUCCGUCCUGCCCCUGCGCCACGUCAUCGCAGCCAGCAGCAGCGUCGAGUCUCUCAGCAAGACGCUGGAAGCCGUCAUCAAGAAGGACGACGAACUGGGGCUGGAAUACGCCCCCAGAAGCACCACCGACGCAGCCCGCAUCCUCGGCGUCUUCACGGGCCAGGGCGCGCAGUGGCCCGCCAUGCUGAAGCAGCUGGUCGUGCGCGUCCCGUUCGUGGCGGCCAUCGUCGACGAGCUGGACACGGCCCUGCAGACGCUUCCCGAGCAGUACAGGCCCGGCUGGACGCUCAAGGAGCAGUUGCUCCUAGAGGGCGACGCGUCCAACGUGCGCCUGGCCGCGUACUCGCAGCCCCUCUGCGCCGCCGUCCAGAUCGUCCUGGUCAGGUUGCUGUCCGCAGCCGGUGUCAAGUUCGAAGCCAUUGUCGGCCACAGCUCCGGCGAGAUCGGCUGCGCGUUCGCGGCCGGGUUCAUCAGCGCCCGCCAGGCCAUCCGUGUUGCGUACCUGCGUGGGUUUGCGUCGCGCCACGCUGCCUCGCCCACCGCGGUCGGGGAGCAGCAGCAGCAGGUGGUUGGUGGCAUGUUGGCGGCGGGUAUAUCCCUUGAGGAUGCGCGGGAACUCGUCGAGCUGGAGUCGUUCGCAGGCCGUGUGUGCAUCGCGGCGUGCAACUCCCCCGACAGCGUCACCCUCUCGGGCGACAUGGACGCCCUGGAAGAGAUGGCCGAGAUUCUCCAGGACGAGUCCAAGUUCGCGCGUCUGCUCCGCGUCGACAAGGCCUACCACUCCCACCACAUGUUGCCAUGCUCGGACCCGUACGUGACCGCCCUCAACGACUGCGGUUGUGCGGUAGCCGACGGGCCGGACACCGGGACCGGCUCCGGGACCGAUACGGCCGGCGCCGGCGCCGGCGUCAAGUGGUACUCCUCCGUGCACGAGGGCAAGACCAUGACCAAGGCCGACGUCACGCCGCAGUACUGGCGGGAUAACCUCGUCUCGCCCGUGCUCUUCCGCCAAGCGCUGGAGCAGGCCGGGUUGGAGAACACGCUCGACGCCGCCGUGGAGGUCGGCCCGCACCCGACGCUCCAAGCGCCCGCGACAAAGACGCUGGCUACUGUUGUUGCUGCUGCUGCUACAACGGACGAGAUGCCGUAUACCGGGUGUCUGCGGCGCGGCGAGGACGACGUGGCCGCGUUCUCUGCGGCCCUGGGGUACAUCUGGGAGCGGUUUGGUGCGCUGAACGCCAUCAACGCCACCGCGUUUGUGACGGCGACGGCGCAACCCACGUCGUCGCCUGUGACUGACAUCUCCAAGAGCCUCCCCGCUUACGCCUGGGACCACUCGCGCGUUUACUGGUCUGAAUCCCGCGCGGCCAAGGCAGCGCUACACGGCCCUCGCCCGCACCUCAUGCUCGGCACGCUGCUGCCCAGCAGCACGGCCACGACCCUCCAGUGGCGGAACUUCAUCCGGCCGAGAGACCACGAGUGGAUGCAGGGACACGAGCUCCAGGGCCAGGCAGUGUUCCCGGCCGCAGGGUACGCCGUCAUGGCGAUGGAGGCGGCGUUGUAUGUUGCUGCUUCUGCUGCUGCAUCGACGGGAGAGAGGAAGAACAACAUCGGCGUGCAGUUGGUUGAGUUGCUGGACUUGAGCAUCGACAAGGCGGUUACGUUUGAUGACGCGGAUAGCAUGGCGGAGCUGACGCUUACUGCGAGCGUCACGUCCUCCGAUGAUGCCCACAUCGAGCUGGACUUCGGCAUCGCCUCGUGCCUGUCCCGCGAGUCGACGCUGUCCCGGUCUGCCCAGGGCCGGAUCAUCGUCACCCUCGGAGACGAGCCCGUGUCGCUCCCCGGCCCGGGCCCGGCCCCGCCGCACGCCAACCCGGUCGACAUCAAGCUGUUCUACAAGGAGCUCGACAGCAUCGGGUACGACUACAGCAACAACUACCGCUGCGUGUACAGCAUGUCGCGGAGCACGUCGCGGGCCUCGGGCCACCUGGCACACCCGCGGCUGCUGGACGGUUCCUCCUCCUCCUCCAACCCCAUCGUCCUGCACCCGGCGAACCUCGACCUGGCCUUCCAGACCGUCAUGGGCGCGUACUCGUCCCCCGGCGACAAGAGGCUGCGGUCCCUGUACGUCCCGACGCGGGUCGGGCGCAUCGCGCUGGUGCCGGCCGUGUGCGCAAGCUCGCUGGACUCGCUCGAAGGGGUGCGGUACAACGCCGUCAACACCUACGACGGCGGCGACUACCUCUCGGGCGACAUCGAGGUGUUCGACAAGGAGACCAACGCGGUGCUGUACAGCGUGGAGGACAUGCACCUCAAGCCGCUGACGCCGCCGUCCGCGUCCCAGGACCACAGGCCCUUUACCAAGACCGUCUGGGGCCCGCUGAACCCGGACAAGAUCCUUGAUAUCGAACGGUUGUGGGCCACGGAGCAGGACAAGGAGGUCAUCCCGAUCAUCGAGCGGGCCGUGUACUACUUCGUCCGCCAGUUCUUGGCCGAGCUGACGGAGGAAGACCGGAAGAAUGCCAGCGUGGGCAACCAGCGGUACAUCUACUGGCACGAGCACGUUCUCAAGAUUGCCAGAAACGGGAAGCAUUUGUUCUACAAGCCCGAGUGGGAGGAGGACACGGAGGAAAGCAUCGACAAGCUGCUGCAGGAGCACUGGUACCACCCUCAUCUGCGGCUGGCCAAGCUGGUCAGUGAAAACAGCCUCUUGACCAUCCGCGAGAACAAGAACCCGUUCAUCUGGAUGAACGAGAACGGCCUCUUGACCGAGUUCUACACGAGCUACCUGACCAGCGGCCCGACGUGGGAGUACGGGCAGCAUCUGAUCAGCCAGAUUGCCCACCGCUUCCAGAACAUGGACAUCCUAGAAAUCGGCGGUGGUACCGGCUCCGCAACAGCCUCCAUCCUCGCGAUCCCGGAGCUCGGCUUCAACAGCUACACCUUCACCGACAUCUCGGCCGCCUUCUUCGAAAAGGCCAAGGAGAACUUCGCCCCCUUCCUCGAUCGCAUGGACUUCCGCAAGCUGGACAUCACCAAGCCGCCCGCGGAGCAGGGGUUCAAGACCCACGCGUACGAUAUGAUCAUCGCGAGCUCCGUGCUGCACGCCACGCCCAACCUGACCGAGACCAUGGCCAACGCCCGCACGCUGCUGAAGCCCGGCGGGCACGUGGUGAUUUGCGAGGCCACGAACAAGGACCACAUGCGUGUCGGGUAUCUCUUUGGGCUGUUCGCGGACUGGUGGGCGGGCAUCGACGAGGGCCGCACGCUGGACCCCUUCGCCACCCGCGAGGAAUGGGAUGCCAUUUUCAAGAAGACGGGCUUCUCGGGCAUCGACAGCGUCACCACCGACCGCGAGAGCCACAUCUUCCCCAACACCCUCCUCAGCACGCACGCCGUCUCGCCCGAGCAGCUGCGCCUCGACGAACCCCUUUCCGCGCCGGCCAAGCCGCAACUCCCACAGCUCGUCAUCGUGGGUGGUGGUGCCGGCGAGGCAUCCGCCCCGAUCCUGGACAAGAUCCGCGAGCUGCUACCGGGCCGCGACCCGCUCGUCGUGUCCGGCUUGGUCGAGUUGGCGGCGGCCGAGGUGCAGCCCAAGGCGACGUACGUGGUCCUCUCCGAGGUCGACAGCCCCGUGUUUGACGACCUCACCGAGGAGAAGCUUGCUGCUGUCAAGAAGCUCUUCUUCGGCUCGAACGCCGGCGGGGUCCUCUGGCUGACGGAGGACGCCUGGGUCUCGAACCCGCGCCAGGCGAUGGGGAUCGGCAUGCUGCGGUCCGUCCGGCUGGAGAACCCGGACGUUGCGUUCCAGUCCCUGGACGUGGACCGGCUCGAGGACCUGGACGCCCGGUUCCUGGUCGAGCAGAUCCUGCGCCUGGAGGAGGGCACGCCGGAGAACACGGUCUGGACGCUUGAGCCGGAGAUCUGCGUCGUGGACGGCCGGCCCCACGUGCCGCGCAUCAAGCAGGACACGGCGCGGAACAACCGGCUCAACUCCGUCCGCCGCCCGAUACUUGACGAGGUCGACGUCGGCGCCGUCCCCGUGGCGCUGCGGCCGCAGAGCACGUCAACCUCCUCCCCGGUCCUGGUCACGGCGCAUACCUCCCGACCCCCGCUGGGUGUAGCACCGGACGCAGCCAAGCAGACGGUCCGGGUGCACCACGCCACGGUCAAGGCCAUCCGCGUGCUCGGGCUGGGAUACUUCCACAUCGUCACCGGCACGACCCCGGCCGACGGCGCCGUGCUGGCCCUGGCGGAGGUCAACGCGUCCAUCGUCAGCGUGCCGGUCAAGCACACGUUCCCCGUCAAGGACACCUCCGUAAACACCCUGUUGUCUGCGGUUGCAAACCUGAUCGCGCAGGGGCUGGUCGACACGCCGCCGGGUUCGUCGGCACUGGUGUACGAGCCGCCGAGGUUCUGCGUGGAUGCCAUUCAGCAAGUCGCCGAGACAAGGAGAGUGCGUGUGCACGUCGCCACCGCGGAUGCGUCGUCGGCGGCUUCCCGGGGGAGUGUCAUUGUCCUCCAUCCCCGCGAUACGGACAAGGCGCUGAAGCAGAAGAUCCCGGGCGGCAUUGCGGCCCUGUACGAUCUGUCCUCCGACAAGCAUGCCGCGUCUCUCGGCCCUCGACUUGCCCGGAUAACGGGUUGCUACGCCGCACGGGAUUCAAGCUACAUCUCCCGCCCAGAAGCAGCCGCCGUCGUCUACUCGGACGAAGCCCUGGAGGCAAGCCAGCUGCAGCUCGUCACCGAAUCCAUAUCAUCCACCACCACCCCAGCUUUGGACGCGGACAGCAUCGCCUCUUGCCGCGUCACCAAGCCCGCCGACGCGCUUCACGACGCUCUGGAUGCGAUAGUCGACUGGCAGGCCGAGCCCAAGGUCCCCGCGCGCGUCAGCCCCGUGGACGUCGGCACGCUCUUCGUCAAGAACAAGACGUACCUCCUCGUCGGUCUUUCGCAGUCCAUGGGGCGUUCGAUCGCCACGUGGAUCGUCAGGCAUGGCGGACGGCAUGUUGUGCUGUCUAGCCGGAAUCCCGAGACGCCCGAGGCUGGAUGGCUCGAGGAUAUCGAGAGGUUGGGCGGGAAGAUUACCGUGCUCGCCAUGGACGCAUCCAACUCACAAUCCGUCGACGCCGGCCUCGCCACUCUUCGCGACGUCCACAACCUGCCGCCGGUGGGUGGUGUGGCGUACGGCCCGCUGGUGCUCAAGGACGCGCUGCUCAACAACAUGGACUUGGCGACCAUGGACAUGGUGCUCAAGUCCAAGGUCCCCGGCGCCAAGAUCUUCCACGACCGCUUCUGCGAUCCGAACAAGGACCCGCUCGACUUCUUCGUCAUGUUCUCGAGUGCCGCGCUGUUCGGCGGCAACCCGGGCCAGACGAACUACACUGCUGCCAACGCGUAUCUGCAGGCGCUUGGGCAGUACAGGCGAAGCAAGGGUCUCGCUGCCUCUACCAUCCACAUCGGCGCCGUGAUGGGCAUCGGCUACCUUACCCGCAACAGCCGCGAAGCCGAAUUCCAAGAAAAGUCCGAUGUCGACACCCUCGGCGAGGCCGAGUUCCUGGCCCUGUUCGCCGAGGCCGUCGUGUCCGGCCGCCGGGUUGAUGGCGUCGACGGCGUGCACGCCAAGAGGGUCAUCGACAUGUCCGAGACGGAGAUUGCCAGCGGUAUUCCCGCGCUGGAGUCGCGCCACAAGGAGACGAUCAAGUUCUACCAUGACCCGAGAUUCGGGAACCUGAAGACGCCGGAGACCAGGGGCGAUGCCGCCGAUGCGGGCGGCGGCAAGAUAAGUAUCAAGGAGAUGCUGGCAACGGCGACGACCAUGGAGCAGGUUCGGGCGGCCAUUAGUGAGAGCCUCUCUGACAAGAUGCGCGGCGUGCUUCACAUCCCGCCGGAAGAAAGCGUCAACGCGGCUGCUCCCCUUCUGGACCAGGGCAUCGACUCGCUCGGCGCCAUCACCGUCGCCUCAUGGUUCUCCAAACAACUUUUAGUCGAAAUCCCCAUCCUGCGCGUCCUGUCGGGCGCCUCAAUCGACGACCUGGCAGCCGAAGGCGCCUCUCGGCUCUCCCCCACCGCCAUCCCCCUGGUCGCCGACGCACAAGUCUCCCAGGACUCUUCCACCGCCAGCUUGUCUGAUAACUCCUCCUCCGACGACGGGGGCGCCUCAACCCCGCUGUCCACCCCGGACGAAGCCGAGAAGCGCGUCGACGGCGUGGUGCGCAAGGCCCCCAUGUCGCUGAUCCAGCAGUACUCCUACACGCGUCAGGCCUCCCUCCCCGACGUCACAAUCUCCCACAACACCAUCGGAGUCAUGAUGGAAGGCAGUCUUAGCACCGACAAGCUCGCACAGGCUGUGACGGCGGCCAUCAACCGCCACGAAACCUUGCGGACAGCCUUCCGCCUCUCGGAGCCGGGAUCGGAAUCGGAAUCCGGCCCCACCCCGCAGCUGCACGUCCUCUCUGCCCCGACCUGGGGUCUCCGCGCCGUCUCCGUAUCAUCCCGUGCCGAGGCAGAAGCCGAGCUGGCCAAGCUGCAGAAGGAGCCCUACGAUCUGGAGAGCGGCGAGACCUUCAAAAUCGCCGUCUUCACCUGGUCGCCCACGUCCCACCUCCUCGUGCUCGCCUACCACCGCCUGGCCGGCGACGGCUCCACCACCGAAAACCUCGUCGCCGAGCUCUCCCAGCUCUACUCCGGCGCCGUUCUCCCCCCUGCACCGCAGUACACCGACUUCGCCGUCAAACAACGCACCCUCCUCUCCUCGGGGGCCAUGGACGCGUCCAUCGCGUACUGGACGUCUCUCUACACGCCGCUCCCCGCGCCGCUUCCCUUACUCCCCCUGCCCGGUGCCCAGAGCGCCGCCGCCGCCCGUGGCCCCGUGAGCUGGGACCAGCACACCGCCAUGUCCCGCUUGUCUGCCGUGCUUGCGUUCAGGAUCAAGGAGCGCACCAAGAAGCUGCGCACGACGCCCAUGACGUUCUACCUCGCCGCGUACGCCGCGUUGCUCUCGGAUCUUUCCAAGCAGGAGCGGGUGUCGGUUGGUUUGGCUGACACGAACCGCUCGUCCGUGGCCGACCUCUCUACCAUGGGCUACUUUGCCAACCUGCUGCCCUUGCGCCUCACAUCCUCCUCCGAUACAUUCACGACCACCAUCGAAUCGACCAAGGAGGCGGUGCGGCAGGCCAUGUCGCACUCCAUCGUGCCGCACGACUUGAUCUCUUCCCGUCUGGGACUCGAUGAGGUCUCGCCAAAGGACAUGACUCACGCGCCGCUCUUCCAGGCCGUCUUCGAUUACCGCCAGGGGGCUGCCGAGUCCGGCGCCAUCGGGGGUGCGAGUAUCGUCGAGGUGUUGGCGAGCCGGGAGCGCACGCCGUAUGAUGUUGUGUUGGAGAUGAGUGAUGAUCCGACAAAGGAUCCUCUUGUUACCGUCAAGUUGCAGAGCAGCGUGUAUAGCGAGGGGGAUGCGGAGGUGUUCCUUGGGAGGUAUGUUGAUUUGUUGACGGGGUUGAGCAAGGGGGAGACCGUGUAA